AUGCCUCAGGCACCCAACGACGCCCCACUCGAUACCCGUCUCUUCCGGGCGCAAAACAACCACCAUCUAGGAGCUCCAGGAGCCCGACAUUUAGAGCGCACGGAUGGAGACAAAAUGCGACGAAAAGUGCAAAGGUCACUGAUCCAAUUGAUUCCAUUCUGCGUCAUCCUCCUCCUAAUUCUCUACCUCAACCGGCCCCAAUCCAAAAACAAGACCUUCACCUGGACUAAAAUCCGCUACGCAACAACCGCAGCCUCGCUCCCCGAGGCUCGCGGCAAAUGCCCCAAACUAUCAUCCUCCAAGAAACCAGCGCUAGUCGUUUCGCGUGUCGACGCAGACGGUGAUCCGUCCUGGCUGAUCAAACUCGCCGACCGGUACCAUCUCUGCGUGUACCAUGUCGACGCCCCGCCCGACAAGACCUCGGAGUAUCUCCAGGUGCCCGCGAACCGCGGGCACGAAGCGAUGGCCUACCUCACCUUUCUGAUCGACAAUUACGCGGACAUCCCCGCUGCAGGCGCGGUCUUCGUGCACGGGUCGCGCUGGGCGUGGCAUAAUGACGCGCCGGACUACGAUAACGCCGCCCUGCUGGCUGCGCUUGAUAUUGAGCGCGCGCUGCAGCCGUCGGGCUACCACAAUCUGCGCUGCGAUUGGUGCACGAGUACGUGUCUGCCUUCUGCGCCGCCGCAGGGCAGCCUCGAGAUGCGGCUGCAGUCUGCGGUGGCACCGUGGAGCGCGCGCGCAGCGUCGGACAUCGCGCUGCCGCGGGCGCUCGCGUCGAUUUUCGGUGGCGACGAGCAAGAGCAUGGCUCUGCGGGUGCUGCUGGCAAGGUCCACCUGGGCCGCACAGAUACGUUGCGCGCGCAGUGCUGUGCGCAGUUUGUUGUUUCUCGGGAGCGGGUGUGGCAGCAUAGCCGUGACGAGUAUGUCGCGUUGCGGCAGUGGCUGCUGGAUGGGAGUGGGAACGGGGUGGACCGAGGUCAGAGAAAUGACCACGCUGCGCCACAGGAUGAUAAGGUUGCAGGCCGUAUUCUUUCGUACAUGUGGCAUCUGUUGUUCGCGAAGCACAAUGCUGAUGGGGCGAUUGAUCUUGGACAGCUGAAUAAAGAGGCUUGUCCGAGUGCGGAGGACUGUUAUUGUCGUCUUUAUGGCCGGUGUGAUUUGCAAUGUCCGAAUCCUGGGACCUGUCAGGGACAGUAUCAGAUUCCGCAGUACUACAAGCUUCCUGAUGACUGGGCGGCUACGCACUCAUGA